CUUACCCCAAUGGCAUAGUCAAGGGAGCUACAUACCAGAUGCUCUUCGUUCACAGCGACCCCAACAACACGAAUUAUGGCGCCUCUCACGUUAUCACCUGACUUCAACGGUGCAACAGAAUCAGAACGGUUGCUUGACACUAGAAGUGCAGAUUCGGAUAUCGAUCCCAGGGCAUCUAUCAACGGACAAGACCGAGAAGCCAUCGCACUGAAGCUUGCCGCGGCAGCUUACUCUUUCAUAGUCGCGGGCCUUUUCGUGGCUACAAUUGGAGUUACAUUACCGCACCAGCAAACAUAUUACCAGCUUAACGAACUUCAAGUCUCCGCCAUCUUUCUCGUUGGACCAGUCGGGUACUGCUUGGCAUCUCUUCUUAACAGUCGCAUCCAUGAGAAACUCGGGCAACGCGGAAUUGCUUUCACAGGUCCCGCAUGCCAUCUGGUCUACGCCGCAGUAGGCUCCUUCCAUCCACCUUUCCCAGUAUUCCUUCUGGGAGUCACUGUAGGUUCCUUCGGAGUUGGCAUAGUCGAUGGAUCCUGGUGUGCUUGGGUUGCUGCACUGAAUAACGCGAAUACCCUAUCGGGUCUUUUGCAUGGCUCAUUCUCAAUUGGGGCUGCGACUUGCCCGUACCUAGCAGGGAUUAUGUUGUCUGCGAAUAAUGGACAGUCGUAUCAGUGGUUCUAUGUGCUGGCUAUUGCAUCUGCUGCAGAAGCGGUCUUUCUGCCCCUGGCGUUCAGACACGAGACUGCCGCGAAGUACCAUGAGAAAAAGAAGAAGCAGGGAAACCCUGAAGAUGGAGUUGACCAACGAGCCAUCUUCCGAUACAGCGCGACCUGGAUAUACGCCGCUUACCUUCUGGCAUAUGUAGGCACUGAGUGCACUGUUUCCGGCUGGGUUGUCACUUUCAUGCUCCGCGUCCGCCAUACCAGCACUUACGCAUCGAGUAUCUGUUCCUCGGGCUUCUGGGCAGGUAUGGCGGUUGGACGACUGGCUUUGGGUGCAGUCACGGAAAAAUUGACCCCAAAACGGGCAGUCAUAAUCUACUUGGCGCUCGCUCCCGCCAUUGUGGUGCUUUUCAUGAUAGUGCAGGUUCUUUGGGUUUCGGUACUUUCGAUGGCGCUGCUCGGCUUCGUGAUGGGCCCUUUGUUCCCGUCUUGCAUCGUCGAGUUUGUUCAUUACCUACCGAAAGAGCUGCAUGUUGGUGCAGUGUCGUUUGUAGCUUCUCUCGGCCAAGUCGGCGGUGCCAUACUUCCGUACAUUCUCGGCGCUAUCACGCAGGUGGCGGGUCUCCAAGUGUUUCCUUCCAUGCUUCUUUCGCAGUUUGCCGUCAUUCUUCUCCUAUGGCUCGUAUCAUUUAAGGUCGCAGGGAAGAAAAUACUCCAAGAAGACGCUGUGCGAAUAAGGCAAGACUAGACGGUACGUACACACAGAGCCCUGCAUUGAUAGCAGGGUGAUUUGGACAACAAGGUGAAAGGGCUGAGCGGGGAUUAGCGGCGGGGUCUCUAGACGUUGUCGACAUUCAAAAACUCGCGAGAGACAUCGCAAAUAUACCAGCACAAAGUUACUUACAAGAAUUAUGUGCAACUAGUACUCCCAGCCUACGGUUUCAGCAGGAAAAUUGAACCGAGGACAGAACACUUGGACUCCACGGUUUUCUAGAAUCUUGACUAUGGUGAUGAGACGGGGUAUGGCCUUCCCACAGUCCUGAUUAGGCCGAUCGAGCUUUUUAUUUAACUUAGCCAAGCACUGAGCCAUGGCAUUGAAACUACCUGCCUUUUCUAUAUGUACAGAAG